UAUUAUAUUCCGAGAACAUGAACUGAUCAAGGUGUUAUUUUCUGUUUCUUUCUCACUCAAAGCAGAGAACUUUACUAAUGACAAGGUGUUUUAUAAGCUUCGCCGGAGCCAAGACCUGGCGCUACAGAUUCGCCUUCACCAAAGCCGGGCUCCGGUCCUCCUUCACUGACCUCAAAGAUGGCACCAUCAUGCACUGCUGGGUGCCCGCGAACCGAAAAGAGUCCAAACAGGAUCUUCUGCUGAUUCACGGGCUGGGCGCCAAUGCAUUGUGGAACUGGGGCGACCUGGUGCCCCUCCUGACUCCUCACUUCAACGUGUACGUACCGGAUCUCCUCUUCUUUGGAGAGUCGUUCACAACUCGAGAGGAGCGGACAGAGUCGUUCCAGGCGCAGUGCGUGAUGCGGGUAAUGGAGGCCCACUCGGUGAGGAGGCUAAGCCUUGUCGGGCUGAGCUAUGGUGGAUUCGUCGGCUACAGCAUGGCAGCACAAUUUAGGGAGGCGGUGGAGAGGGUGGUGAUAUGCUGCGCCGCGGUGUGCAUGGAAGAGAAGGACUUGAGGGAAGAGACUUUCAAAGUGUCUGAUGUGGAGGAGGCUGCCCGCAUUUUGGUGCCACAGACUACUGAUAAACUCAAAGAGUUGCUGGCUUACACUUUCUUUCGACCCCCACCUCUCGGACUGCUGCCUUCUUGCUUGCUCAAUGAUUUAAUUGAUGAAUUCUGCAGUGAGUACGUAGACGAGAAAAGAGAGUUGGUCCGAGCUAUCCCAAAAGAUAGAAAGUUGGAGGAUCUUCCAAAGAUCACUCAGGUUUCAGGAAUUCUUUUCUCUUUGUUUUCUCUAGAUUUAUUUACAGAUUUUCCUCAUAAACAAAUUAUUAUAAUGAUUUUUUUGAGGCAGCCAACGCUGAUCUUAUGGGGAGAACAUGAUCAAGUUUUUCCUGUAGAGUUCGCCUACAGGUUAAAGAGGCAUUUGGGAGAUAACGCUCAUCUAACGCUCAUCAAGAAGGCCGGCCAUGCCUUCAAUGUCGAGAAGCCCAAUGAAUAUUACAAGCUUUUGAAGCAUUUCCUAGUUGAUUUGCAGCAGCCUCCUACUGCGAGUUGCGAGCCCCCAUCCAAACCAUAAAUCAUCUUCUUUUGGAAAUCCAUUUUUAUCCACCUCUUUUUCUGGCGCCAUCUUUUGUUGUUAGAGAAAUUUAACUUGUUUCACGAGUUAUUCAUCAACUAAUCGACCCUUCCUCUAUUUUAAUUCUGCAAUGGUUAAA